AUGUCUUCUGCGUUCGUCUUCAUGGUCAUCUUUUGCCUGGAGUCAUUGGUUUCAGUGUUGCAGAAUGGUUUCAUGGUCGUCACGCUGGGCAGGGAGUGGGUCAGGUGCCGGGCACUGCCCACAGGUGAAAUGAUUGUGGCUUGCCUGGCUGCCUCUAGGCUGUGCCUGCAUAUGGUAGGCACUCUGAACAACUUCCUGGCCACCUUUGGUUUUUCUCACGCAUGUUUAUUUUUCAGCAUUUUUUGGGAUUUUUUCAACUUUCUUACGUUCUGGCUCACUGCCGGGCUUGCUCUUCUCUACUGUGUGAAGAUCUCGUCCUUCUCCCACCCCGUCUUCUUCUGGCUCAAGUGGAGGAUUUCUCGGUUGGGGCCCAGGCUGCUGCUGGCCUCUCUGAUCAUGUGCGUGCUGUCAGGUGUCUCAUCCAUCUCUAGGACCAUAAUUACUAUUCAGAUGACGGCCUCCCAGAGUUCCCAUGGAAACAGCACCCUGGCUUAUAGUCCAUAUACCUUCUUUUCAAAGUAUUUUCUCUUUCAUGGAGCCUUUUUAUUGUCGAUUCCAUUCCUGUUGUUCCUGAUGUCCACCCUCUUGCUCAUGUUCUCACUGUGCCGGCAUUUGGGGCAGAUGAGGGGUCACAGGCCUGGCCCUCGGGAUCCCAGCACCCAGGCUCACACUGUGGCUCUGAAAUCACUUGCUUGCUUUCUCAUCUUCCACAUGUUGUAUUACUCGCUCCUGAUUACCAGCUCUGUGAAAGUCUCGACAUUCUGUCAUCAGUUGCCUUGGGCCUGGGAAGUGAUUGUCUACGCGGGUCUCUUUCUGCACUCCACCAUCCUGAUCCUGAGCAGCCCCAAGCUGAGAAAGGCCCUGAAGACAAGAUUUUGGGGCAUAAGUUCUGCCAGCUCAUAA